AGAUGGCGCUAAUAUCUCUUACAUGACAGUCUGUUUCUGGGACGAGUGCGAUAGUCAAACGUUAAACCUUAUCAAAAACUAUGUCUGAAGCUACCAAAAAGUAUGAUAUUGUCAUCUUUGGUGCAACCGGUUUCACUGGAAAAUAUGUCAUCGAUGAAGUUGUAAGAACUGAAUCAGAAAUACCAAAUUUGAAAUGGGCUGUUGCCGGUCGAAAAAUGAGAACUCUUCAAGAAGCACUUGGAAAAGCUGCAGAAAGAAUGAACAGACAGGAUCUAGAGGACAUAGAUAUUAUUAUCGCAGAUACAAAUUAUUAUGAUAGCCUUGUUAAGAUGGCAGAAUCAGCUAAGAUUGUGCUCAAUUGCGUUGGACCUUAUAGAUUUUUUGGAGAGCCAGUCGUAAAAGCCUGUGUCGAAGGAAGAGCUCAUCACAUUGAUAUUAGUGGUGAACCUCAAUUCUUGGAAAAAAUGCAAUUGCAUUAUGAUGCAAAGGCUAAGGAAAAUAACGUCUACAUUAUUGGAUCCUGCGGAUGGGAUAGUAUCCCCGCUGAAAUGGGAGUUAUUUAUACAAGAGAUAAUUUUGACGGAGACUUGAACGCUGUUGAAAGUUUUAUUGAAUUAAAUUCAACAGAGAAAAUAGUUCUACAUUUUGCAACUUACCAAUCUGCAAUACACGGUUUUGCCAAUGCGAACGAAUUAGCAACACUUAGAAAGAGUUUGUUUACUACUAAAUUACCAAGACCUAGUCACAAGCUAAAGAAUAGAGGAAGCUACUUUUGGUCAGAUGUGCUAAAUUCUUAUUUUAUGCCAUUUCCUGGAAGCGAUAGAUCUGUUGUGUCCCGUUCACAGCGUCUAUUUUAUGAAGAAGAUAGCUUAAGACCUAUCCAAUUCGCUCCCUAUAAUAGCUUAGGUAGCACAACUUUUGGUUUGGUUAAGGCACUUGUAUUCGGCUUUGUCUUUUCCUUUUUGGCAAAAUUCGCACUUGGGAGAAGCCUUCUUGAAAAAUUCCCUAAAUUCUUUACAGCUGGCACCUUCUCGCACGAAGGACCGAAUGAAAAACAGAUGAAAGCAGCCACCUUCAAAAUGACUUUUAAAGGGAACGGUUAUAAAGAAAAGCAACCGGUCAAUGUCGAUCACGUCGAUAUACCAGAUAAAAUGAUUACAACAACAGUUUACGGACCAGAGGCCGGCUAUAUUUCUACUCCAAUUGCAAUGGUUCAAUGUGCUUAUUCAAUAUUACUUGAAAAAGAUAAAAUGCCUGGAAACGGAGGAGUUUUACCACCUGGUUACGCUUUUGCUAAAACAUCUCUAAUACAAAAACUGGAUUCUCAUGGUAUUAAGUUUCAAGUACUAUGA